AUGUCUACACUUCUUUCCAUCUUUGUAAUUCUGAAAUCAUGUUCCUGUAUAAACCCUGGACAGGACCCUGUUACUAGAAAAAACGUGGAGCAAAAAGUUAAAGAACAAGCUCCACUACGUUUGGAAGAACCAGGAACAUGUCUAUAUCCACGGACACCGGUUACUAUGGAUGUAUUGAACCUGGAUCCAUACUGGUUUGAAGCAAAAAACCUGAGAUCCGGACUCAUUGAUCCGAAACCAGACUGUUUUGUUCUAAAAGUAGUUUGUGGCAAUGAUACUCUUUGGGAAUCUGUAAAUGGUUGGGAAUGUACACACGCCUUUUUCCAUUGCAGUGAAAUGAGAAAACUUGUUGUGAUUGGAGUGGAAAGGGCCAAAAGGGGGUUUUAUAAAGCAUUAUUGAAGCAACAGGGAGAAAGAUGGAAGGAAAUUCCCAUGAUUAAUGUCGAUACUCUUGCCUUUGAAAUAGAUAGAGAGCAGUAA